AUGAGGAAGCCCAUAAUUGAUCACCUCGUUAAACAUGCUAAUCGAGAGAAAUUAUCCUCCAAUUAUGAAAAGGUGUAUCAAGAUUUUAGAAUGGAAAGAUAUGAGCAUGAGAAGAAAACCAAUAAGAAAAAACAGACUAGGUUUGAAAAGGAAAAAAGAUCAUUACUUUUAGGAAACGUCCCAGAGGAAUCUGAUGAGGAGAUUUCAAGACCUAAAAAGGUUAAAAAGAAUAAUAAUAGAAAUAUUGUCAAGUCUAAAGUUAUAGAAAAUGAUGAUUCUUCAGAUGAAUCUGAUAACAGUGCUAGCUCAGUACCACCUCAAAAGAAAUCGUCUAAAGAAUCAAGCAACAAAAAGAAAACUGCCACCGUUUUACCACUACCAUUAAGGAAGAGUAAGGUUAUUCAAGAUGAAUCUGAGGAUGAUCAAUUGGCAUCCUCUUACAAGUCUCUCAACAAGACAAUUGAUUCUUCAUCCAACUCAUCAAGAGUUUCUUCUUCAAAGAAUUCUUCACAAAGAAUACCUCAAGAGAAACCACCAUCUUUGAAUAAUUUAAGAAAUGAAUCAUCUUCAUCAACCAAGAAGAAAUCAUCCAAUACUGCAUCAACAAAUUCUUCAUCAUCUACUGUAUCCAACAAUGUAUUAGCAAGUUCUUCAUCAACAAAAAGAGCACCAAUUAAUGCCUCACUAAGAAAUACAUCUUCCAAAACUGCUGCUGAUUCAAUUGGUUUCUCUUCUGCUGUUACAACCACAAAGAAUCCUUCCUCUUCUAAUUUACCCCCAACAAGUUCUUCAUUCAACAAGAAGAAAGCAUUGAGUGCAGCACCCCCUGUUGGUGACCAGAGGAAAAGAAGUGCAUCUUCCUCCACUAACAAUAGCUCUUCUAAUUUACAACCACCAACUAGUGCUGGACAGAAUACUGAGCAACAUAGACCCAAAUUACCAUCAUUUAAGAGGAAGUCUGAUCCUUCUGAAACCAAUCCCAACAAUUAA